AUACAGGUCCCAGCUAGGAAGCUAACGCGAACUCUGUGCUAGUGUGUUCUGAGAAAAUGUCUCCACUAAGUGAUAAUCCAGCUGAAAAGGACAGGUUUAUCUGCAUAUACCCUUCCUAUGUAAAUAGUAAGAAGACCCUAGCAGAGGGGAGACGGAUACCUGCUGAAAAGGCAGUGGAGAAUCCUACAUGUGCUGAAAUCCGUGAUGUGUUGACAGCAGCAGGGGCAAAUGUUCUUGUGGAGAACAAGAUGUACUCUAGAGAGUGGAACAGAGACGUGACGUUCAGAGGAAGAGUACGUGUUCAGUUGAAGCAGGAGGAUGGAACUCUCUGCUCAGACAAGUUUGCAUCACGUAAAGAUGUGAUGAUCUACUGUGCUGAGAUGAUCCCCAAACUGAAGACCAGGACCCAGAAGGGUGCAGGGGCAGACUCCGGCUCCCAGCAAGGGGAGGGCAGCAAGAAAAGCAAGAAGAAGAGGAAGUAGAGGCCCUGCCCAGUCACACAAAGGUCCCCAUAUUACUGUUCAGUUUACUGUAAGAAACUAACCAACCAAGGAAGAAAGUCUGUCCCAAGGAACUGGCAAGUGUCAAACAGAAAGAGUGAGAAAAUGAUAAUUUAUGUGACGUAAUUAUUUGGUAUUGGCCCAUAUGUACGAUGCUAUGGGAUAUGCCGUAUGUGAUUAUGCCAACAGUCAAAUGUAAACAUUUAUAUUUUGUGAAUUAUGUAUACAUCAAAGUAUUGUUUCAAUUGCUUGAAGGGAAAUAAAAGUCAAAUAGACAAUGAUUGCUUCCACUUUGUUCUGACAGUAAGAAUCAAUUGUAUUACCUUUGUCAAGUUAUUAUGGAACUUUCUUAACAUUUACCCAUCCCUUAUUUGCAUAUAUUUUUUUACAGAUAUUUCCUUCCUCAUAUGCGUCUUUAUAAAAUAAAUGACUUGAGGUCACACAUAC